GCCCCCAGGGUGUUGACGUUUAAAUGUUUACUGCCAUUGAAGUAUGCGAGUGAGUCGCCCGUGGACGCGCUCCGAUUGUACGCGUUCUCGCGGCAGCGCGGGCACGGUGGCGCGCGUUCGCCACACGCUGGACAGGGUACUGCGAAGGGGUCGGAUUUUUUUUUGGAUACUGAGAAGAGUAAACGGCAGCAUAGGUACCCCAAGAUAAUGAACAACAAGUUCGACGCCCUCAAAGACGAUGACAGUGGAGACCACGAUCAGAAUGAGGAAGCCAACACACAGAAAGAGUGUGAGAAGGAAAAAAGUGAAGAUGCAAAAAAUCAGAAUGGUAAAAGAAAGACAGUUGUACCAGGAGCAGGUGAACACCCACUACAGUAUAAUUAUACAUUCUGGUACUCAAGGAGAACCCCUGGCCGGCCCACCAGCUCCCAGAGUUACGAACAGAAUAUCAAACAAAUCGGAACCUUUGCCUCUGUUGAACAGUUCUGGAGGUUCUACAGUCACAUGGUUCGACCUGGGGACUUGACAGGUCACAGCGAUUUCCAUCUCUUCAAGGAAGGGAUAAAGCCAAUGUGGGAGGAUGACGCUAAUAAGAAUGGUGGGAAAUGGAUAAUCCGCCUAAGGAAGGGUCUAGCCUCACGAUGCUGGGAAAACCUGAUCCUAGCAAUGCUGGGAGAGCAGUUCAUGGUAGGAGAGGAGAUCUGUGGGGCAGUAGUCUCAGUACGCUUCCAGGAGGACAUAAUCUCUAUCUGGAACAAAACUGCCAGUGACCAAGCCACAACAGCUCGCAUAAGGGACACUCUGCGGCGAGUUCUUAACUUACCACCCAACACCAUUAUGGAAUACAAGACUCACACUGACAGCAUUAAGGCUUGGGAGGAGUUUCAUGGUCUUGUGAACACUGCUGGUGGCCGUUGACUAAAUGCAGUUCCAUUUGUCCUGUCCAGGAGACAAUCGAAGUUUGGUAUGCAAAGCUUACAUUAUGAAGACUGCACCUUCUUUAUUUUUCUCCCAGGCCUGGAGCAAAGCAGAACUUUGUAUGAUUAAAACCUGUUACCAUGUGUGCACCAGUCCUGUGAAAGGUCUCUGCAUAUUGGUGACCUCUGUAGGCAAUAAUUCCUGCUGAAGAUUCUUUUAAAAUAAUUAAAAUACUUGAGUAUGUCAUGAGAAAGAUUGAUUGAAAUCAUGACUUUUGAAAUUCCCAAGUAAAACUCAAUAUAAAAUGGUAAAAUAUUUGCAGAUUCUUUAGUUUCUUUGUAAUUGUUCUUGAAAGAAACUGCCUGCUACUUUACAUGUUCUGAGGUAUUUUGUUUACAGUAACAUUUGAAAUGUAUAAAUAUUUUUCUGCUUGAUAAAAAAAAUGAAGAGAAGAUGAGACAAAAUAAAAUGAAAAUAGCGCAUAUUUUGUGUAGAAGCCAUGCUUGUGAUUUCAAUACAUAAUGAUUACAAUUCUGCCUCACUGCAGCAGAUAUUCUUGCAGAUGAUGAAAACAUAAUUUAAGUAUAAGAAAGUCCUUAAGCCUGUAGCACUUAUUACAUGACCAUUAGUCGGAGGGCUUUAAAACUUGACAACUGCAAUUAUUGAUCUCGUCACCUGAGGAUACCAGAUUACACAAGUAAAUACUGUAUCGUAUAGCAUGGCAAAUUAAGUCAGUGUAACAUUACAUGAUUUCUAGUCUCAGGGGGUGUCAAACUUGGAGAGUGCAGUUCCAAAUUCAGUUGUAUCCCGUUUUUCCUUUUUCCAUUCUGUCGUGUUGAAUAAAACAUAAGACAUCAGACAGAUGAGGUCGUGUUGAAUAAAACAUAAGACAUCAGACAGAUGAGCCUCUCUUCAGUUUGCCAGGUCUAGACCACCUAUGUUCCCAAUUCUUCAUAGGUGCAUCAUACGUUUUGCUGUGCCAUCUGAGCGCACUUCAAAUUACAUGCUGUCUUAUGCUUGUUGAAUCCUGAUGUGUUUUGAUUAAGAUAAAAUAUGAUGUUAUAUCAGAUCUUUUAAGUUAGCCCAUACAAUGUUUUCCUCAUCUUUUGUUGCUGAUUUAUGUUAAAAAAAUAUGUGCCAAUUGCUGUACAUACUGUUCAUUACUAGAGCAUUAACAUAUUUUCCACUUAGAGAAAAGCAGAUGAAACAAUCAGCUUUUUAAUUUGAACACUGUAGAUAUCCUACGUCAAACUACUUAAGCAUGUUGUCUAUGUAUACAGUCAUACAUUUCAAUAGAUUAAAAACAGCAAAUCUGUAAUUAUUAUGUCAACCUU